AUAUGUGGAACUUGGUUUAUUUUGUUCUCAAGAUUUUUCCUUUUUGAGAUCAUGUGUCCCAAUUAUAUCUUGAUUUUAAAUCAAGAAUUCAGAUUGAAGUUUGAGCUUCCUUAUGUGCUUAAUUCUAAUGCCAAAGCUAAUGAUUUCUUUAUCUUAAUUGUUGGAUCUUUUGAUGGUUCAUAGCCUUCUUAGUCUUCUCUGUUCUUUCAAGUAUAAAAAAUUGGCUUGCCCAUGAAUUUUCUUGAUUUAAGCCCACAAUUAUCUUAAAAGUUAAUUUUCUUCAAUCAAUUAUGACCAGUUUUAUCUAUUUGCUAACUGGCUACAUAGGAGAUCAUUCAUUAUCUGCAAAUCAAGAUGUGAAAAAUCCAUUUUUCUUGGUUUUAUUUUUAAUGACCUUUAUAAAUUAUAAACCAUUACCAUUUAAAAUUUACAGAAAAAUUUCAUUAGAAUAGCUAGUUAUUCAGUUGGUUAUGAACCCAUUGGCUAGAUAUCAACAAAGAUGCUAGUGAUUAAUGGAUCUUAAUUAUUCCCAGGUUGUAAAGAAAGUAAUUUUGUGGCUAUAAAAUAUAUUUCAGGAAAAGAUAUUGUUUCUGAGUUUUAAUGGGGUGAAGCAGAAGAAGAUGAAUUGCUGAGACCAUUUAUUAGCUGAAGCUGCAUGGGAGGAUUACUUCACCUUUUUGACUUCAAUCACUGGCAUAGCAGCAUGGCUAGGAAAAUUCUUGCACAUAAGCGACAUGUCGAGGCAUUAGAAGCUCCUCGAAAUAGCUUGGAGCUGCAAGUAGAAACAUCUCAGAGUUGUUGUGCUGCUGGGGAUACGGUGGUUGAAGAAGAAUGGCCUGAAAGGACUUGUUACCCGAUUGAGGCUUCGAUGAAGAGAUUGAUUAAUGAGGAAAUUUCCAAGCAAUCUAAUAAUAGAAAGAAUACUCCAAGCAUUGUUGCUCGGCUAAUGGGAGUGGAUAUGUUACCAAUGGAUGAAAAAUCUGCAGCUCAGCCUGUUGAUAGAAAGAAUGUGAACAUUGAAACGAAGUACUCGAGAAAGGCGAAAAAUGAAAAGAGCUCCGUUGCUUUUCUCUCUUCAAACUCAAAUUCAACCAGGCAAACGGAAUAUGAUUCAUUGUACUACGGUAGGGAAAGAAAUGUUGAUAGAUGGAAUAAUGGUCACAAGUUAGGAAAACUGAGGCCUCGGGAACAUCCUCAAGAAGAGGAACUACAGAUGUUCAAGAAAGAAUUUGAAGCAUGGCAAGCUGCCAGGUUUAAGGAAUGUUCAAAGGUUGUUGAAUUUAGGAGCAGUCCUGAUCAGUUGCUCGCCCAAGAGAACAUAUUGAAGCAAAAUGUUUUACCCACUGCAAUGUCAACGAGCGAGAAGAUUGUGGAACACAAGGGUCAUGGGCUAAAAGCAAAAUCGCGCGAAAGAGCUACUUUGCAUCAUAAACAUAAAUUGGAAGUAUUCCCAGUUGAACAGAACGAAUCUUCGUCUUCAAGAGGCAAAAAUAUGAACAAGAACUACAAGCAUUCCUCGAUAAAUUAUGAUCAGAAAGUGGAUAUAUCUUCUGCUCCCACAAAAAUUGUGAUCUUGAAGCCUGGUCCUGAUAGAUUUGGUGAACCAGAAGAGUGUUGGACUAGUUCCUCAUGCAAUUUAGAGGAUAGAGGUAGCAUAGAAGAUUUCCUUGAGGAGGUGAAGGAACGGUUGAAAUGUGAAUUGCAAGGGAAAACAGUUAAAAGGGGUUCUGUAGUAAGAGGCAGUGGAAUUGAGACUCCUUUCAGUGAAAAGCCUUCAGAUCCCAAACAAAUUGCUAAGCAUAUAGCACAACAUGUCAGAGAAAGUGUUACAAGAGACCUUGAAAUGAAUCUUCUCCGAUCAGAAUCAACACGGUCGUAUAGAAGUGAGAUUCAAUUUAAUGGAGCUGGUUCUCCUGAGUUCAUAAAUAGAGAUACGAGAAGAUUCUUGUCAGAGAGAUUAAGGAAUGUUCUCAAAAGAGAAACACAUUCUCUUGAUGUUCCUUUAGUUGUUAGUGGCAGCUCUGGAUCAUCUUUCUUGAAUAAUGAGAAAGUCAGACUAAAAGAAGUUGAAGAUACCUCACAAGCUGGAACAUUGUCGAGCUAUUGGGGGAUUGCUAAAGAUGAGCAAGAAAUGCAAACUAGAUCUUUUAGACAUGGAGAUGAUGAUGGGAUGCUUCAUAAAGAAUUAUCUCCUAGGAAUCUAAUCAGGUCUUUAUCGGCUCCCGUGUCAGGAACAUCAUUUGGUAAGCUUCUUCUUGAGGAUCGCCACAUUUUAACAGGCGCUCAUAUCAGAAGGAAACAUGAAGCCCUUGAACAUAUGACAAUGGAGUUGAAAAAAAGGAAGAAAGAAAGGUUCAAUAUUAAAGAAAAAGUUUCCAAUUUCAGAUACAGUUUGACUCUUCGAGGAAGACUAUUUGGCAGAAAACUUCAAUCAAAGGUGGAAUCACAUGGUUUUGAGCAGGAUUUUGUGAAGGAUAUAACGAGUGGACCGACAAUUGUUAGAAACUUAAGCGAAAGACACAUAAUGGAGAACUCGACGGAGGUGCCUCCAAGCCCUGCAUCUGUAUGCAGUAGUGCUCAAGAAGAGUUCUGGCGGCCAAUGGAUUACCUCAGCCCAGAUAUCACUCCACUGGAUGAUAGUUCUUCAACACAGGUUUUCAAAGAGAUCAGCUCUAAUCUGAAUGAGUUGCGGAGGCAACUAAGUCAGCUAGAGUCGAACCAGCCUGAAGACUUGACAAUAGAACAAGAGCCUAAUGACUGCAUAAUGGAUGAUUUGGAAGACAAAAUAGAAGUUUAUAUAAGGGAUUUACUUGUUGCUUCAGGUUUCUAUGAUGGAUCAUGUGAAAAAUGUUUGUCUAGAUGGGAUCCACUUGCAAAGCCUAUUAGCAACUCGGUGUUCGAAAACGUUGAAGAAUCUUACAAAAAAUUGGCUAAAGAGAUUGAAAGCAAUACUAAAGAGCACAAAAUGUUAUAUGAUUUAUUGAAUGAAGCACUUUCAACUGUACUCGGACCCCCUGUGACCAUGUCUAGAUUCAGAAGAAAGCUUAUGAGUUCCUCCAUCUUACCACCAUUGCACGGAAGGAGAUUAUUGAAUUGUGUAAUGGAGAUAAUCCGCGCAAACUUAAAUUCUCCAGAAGAUAAAUCUUACCACUCACUAGAUAGUAUGGUGGCAAGGCAUUUGGGAUCCACACCUUGGUCUGGCUUGAUUGAUGAUGAGGUAAAUGGUGUAGGAAAGGAAAUCGAAUGUAUGAUUGUGGGAGAUUUGAUAAAGGAAAUUGUGAAUGAUAUAUCAAUUUGUAAUUAUGUUUGAGGUACUAAUUUUUUCUACUUUAACCAUUUUUAUGGCUAGCAGGUUGCUUAUUGUCAUCAUAGAUAAAAAUGUGAUGAUGAGAAAGGUGUUGGUGAGUGAGAGUAGCUAUGGAGGGAAGGUGUACAAAUGAUUUUAAAUGGGUACAUCUUCCUAAUUGGAGAUUGCCAUGUUUUUUUUACUAUAGGUGAGUGCUUUAGCGGGAGAUUUCUUGUUCAUGUAUGUAUAUAUAGUAUAUGUAUUUAUUUUGUGGGUGUUAGGAUGCAAAAA